UUGGGGUAUUGGCUGAGAGAAAUGGAGAGAAAGUGCCUUAUCAUGGAUUUACUGGAGUCUGGCUCAGCAGUAUAAAUAGGUCUGGGUUAUUCCCCAUCAGCAUUCACUUGCCAUUGCUCAAUCCAGCAGCAGGAUGUGGAACAUCAGUGAAGUCGCUCUACAGCUCCCAACUUCCACAGCUUCAAACCGUCUCCUCCAGCCCCUGUGGGACUACCUGCUUUUUCAGCACUACAGCCAGAUCUCGUCUCCGUUCUUCCCAGUGCUGCUCGCCUUCUCCAGCUACUUCAUCUUCAGCGUCCCCUUCGCGGUCCUGGAUGUCCUAGGAGAGAAAGCUCCUUUUUUCAAGUACAAGAUCCAAAAGGGGCGGCGUCCCACGGUGGGCAUGAUGCUGAGGACUCUGGGGACGGCGGUGUACAAUCACCUGGUGUUUGUUCUUCCGGCUGUGUUGAUCACCAACGUGGUGAUGCCCGCUCCCCCGCUCCCUGCAGUUGCUCCGACAGUAUGGGAGCUGUUCUCAGGCGUGUUGGGUGUCUUGCUCAUCUUCGAUGCUCAGUACUUCCUCUGGCACAUGGUGCACCACAAAAACCCUCACCUGUACAGAUGGGUCCAUGCCAUCCAUCACGAUUACAUCUCGCCGUUCUCCUGGUCCACCCAGCACCUGAGCGGUGUGGAGCUGAUGACGGUGGGCUUCUGGAGCACCCUCAAUCCCAUCCUGCUCAAGUGCCAUCCUUUGACCGUAUGGACGCUCUCUGUUUUCAGCAUUUGGAUGUCUGUGGAAGACCACAUUGGCUACGACCUGCCGUAUUCUCCAAGCCACCUGGUUCCUUUUGGGCUUCUUGGAGGGACGAUGACCCAUGACAUACAUCACCAGAAACCCAGCAGCAACUUUGCACCUUUCUUUAGUCACUGGGACAGACUCUUCGGCACUGCCGUAACAGUGAAACGGACUCAGAAAAGUGAUAAAGAACAGUAGACGGUUUAAUCGGUUUUAAACCUUUAAUCUGUGUAAAUAUAAAGCAUUUUAUUAACUUGUAUAAAUCCUGUAUUUUUCUAUUUUUCUUGUAUUUCUGUAUGCAUUCUGUAUUAAUAAAGAAAAUGUUUGUACAUUUUAUUGUGCUUAUCUUGGAUUGAGGUUUCAGAACAUUGAAUUUGCUGUCUUUUUUUUUUCUAAAAAUAUUUUGUUGCACUGCAGAGUGUAUAAGCCACAUACAGUAUAUACAGCAUAAAAGUUAUUCCACUAAGCAGCAGCCAGAAGGUGGAAGCACAUAACAACCCUUGCCUUCACCUUAGUUACAGCCAAUGAUCUGAUAUUUUACAAAUUUACAGUAAUCAUGCUUCCUCUUACAUAAAACAACACAAUAUCUGGUAACUAACCCGAUUACUGAGCCGGUAAGGCUUAAAGAGAAAAGAAUUUGCACUCCCUUCUUAGCUAGUGGGUUUCCUCAAAAUGACUUAUACAGAUUAAAAGAUCAAAUAUUCCUCCACUGGAUAUGAACUUUUACAGUAUUUCCUUAUCUCUUUGAAAGGGGGAUGAACAAAGUAUUUGUUUACACUAAAAUCACCCUAUAAUAAAUAAAUAAAAACACUUGUUUAAGUUGUGAACACUGAACUGCUUUAAACAGCCCUCACUGUGGGAAGAUGGAGCAAUUUCAUGAUUGCAUUUCACUAAAACAUUGAUUACAUAAUGCUGAUUUUGUUUAAUUUGGCAUGUUCCUUUAGAUCUCUACAGAAAAGCAGUACAGAAAACCUAAAUAUGCAAAGUACUCAGACUUUGUAUUUUAAUAAUCAUUAAUAUACACUACCACUGGUUUGGGUUGGUACAAUUUUUUUAAUGUUUUUAUAUAAAGUC